UACAUACUCCCUCCCCCGGUCGACCAUUUCUGCCCUGCCUCUCGAGUCCCUGAGUUCCCGCAGCCGUCUCUCACGCUCAGCCCCUCUCUCACGACGUCAACAGCCCCUCGCCUUCGACACUGUUGGUCCGUUCUGUUCUCCUCUACUUCCACUUGUUCCCGAGGCUACAGAAUCACAGAUAUUGUUUUCCCCUCUCUUGGAGAGCUAAUCGAUUUUGCAAGCUUUUCCUAUUAAAGAAGCAAUGGCUGGUUCUAGGGUUGCCCAUGCCACCUUGAAGGGACCAAGUGUCGUCAAGGAGAUAUGCAUUGGGAUUGUACUUGGUUUGGCUGCUGGUGGCCUCUGGAAAAUGCAUCACUGGAAUGAGCAGAGGAAAGUGAGGCAAUUUUAUGACUUGUUGGAGAAGGGUGAGAUUAGUGUUAUCGCACAGGAAGAAUAAAUCUUCCUAGUUUCUGUCAUGAUUAUGUGGGCACAUCCAGUUGUUUGUUUCUAAUUUUGUGUUCCCUUCCAUCUGGCUCCCGACUCUAAGAUGAGCUUAUUUUGGAUUUUAAGCGAAUAAUAUACUGUACUCAUUUGCAGACUGCAGUGUUUGCUUUACGUGAAAUUUCAUGGU